AUGGACACAAAUUCAAGUGAAAAAUCGACCCAAACUAUUGAAGAAAAAUUCACAAAAUGGCAACGAUGGCACGGAUUUACAAGUAUAACUAUCAAAAAUAUUUUUCAACUUGUAUUCGUUGUUUUGGUUCCAUUGAUUAUUGGUAUUUUAACUAUUAUUUCUAUGGAAAAUUCCACAAAGAUUAAUCAACAUAAUCGAGAAAAUGAUUUAGAAAUUGCUCGACUUUAUCGUCUUAAUGAUGAAGAACAAUCAUUUGAAUCGGGAAAUGACACUGUUCUUACUCAAUUUGUAACAACGACAUCCGAUAUUCUUCUAAAAAUGACUUCCGAUUCAAUAACUUCACUUCAUUAUGGAAUUAUACGUGGAUUAAUUGCAACUGCUUUUCGCCGAAUUGAUUCGCGAAGGAAAAUACUCAUUUUACAAUAUUUACUUGAUAUUGGAAUUAUAAAACGCGGCGAACAAUCACUUCGUGGUUAUUCCACUUGGUUCGAAAUACAUUUCAAAGACAUUAAUAUGGAUAACAUGAAUUUUGAUAAUUUAAAUUUACAAUAUAUUUCCUUUCGAAAUGCUUCUUUAAUCAAUUCAUCAUUUGUCAAUACAAAUUUAGCAUAUGCAGAUUUCACCGGUACAAUUUUAACUGGAGCAAAUUUUACCGAUGCGAUACUUGAUGGAGUGAAACUUUUAAAUGCACAAUUACAACGAACUGAUUUGACUCGAACAUCGGUUGCUAAUAUUCAAUUGGAUCGAACAAAUUUAAGUCAAUCAUCAAUAAGUGAUGCACAAAUUGCUCAAGCACUGAUUAUGUACAAUCCAAUUUUACCCAAUGGAACAUCUGCUGGAAAGAGAAAUUAUGUUAUUAAUGGUGAUGGAAAACAAGGAACAUUCGGAUGGAAUAUCACAGGAUUAAUUCAAGUCAAAUCUUCUUCGUUUACAACGAAUCAAGAUGCAUCGAUGAUACAAAUCAUUGAUUUUGCGGAAAAAUUCAAUGUUUCUCUUCCUGAUUCCAUUUCUUACUGCUUUUCUUUUCGAUAUCGUCGAGGUCAAUAUAUAAGUUUUUCUAUUCCUCAAUUAUAUGAUUAUAACAGGUUUUGGGUUACUUAUCAUUACGUUGAAAAUUUACCAACUUCUCCUAUUGUCAAUUCAUCUAAUUCAGAUGAUUUUCAAUCGUUGAUUCGAUGUCCCCAAUCUUCAGCUGGAGGUGUAAAUCGAUAUCUCGUUUUAAACUUUCUUUUCCAAAAGCCAAAUGACACUGCAAACGAAAAUGAUUAUCCAGCAGUGAAAGAUAUUCAAAUUACUGCAAUGACUUCAUCAUGGCGACCAGACGACGUGUAA